AUGGCUGCCACCAAGACCGUCUCUGAGCAUGCCUAUGAAGGGAUAUUUGUCAACAUUGUGCCAGAGACACGCACCAAUUUGGAGAAGGCAGCUCGGCGUGGAGCAUAUAUCCUACCACACUACAAACGAGUAUUGUCUUCACAGGUCAGCAGAACCGCCCAUCGGCAUCCGACUUCGAGGCCGGAAGUGAAAGCAAUCGCAUUCGCCGUUGUCCAGGAUCUUUGCCGACAGCUUGACACGACGUUGCCGAAUUGGCGUAUCCUUCGAACGCGUUGGAAUUAUCAACCACAACAGACAGAGCGACUGCUUCUCUUCUCGUUAUCUUCCUCUGUUCAAAAACAACUCGGUAUUAUAUCUCAAAAGGCUUGGCGUCAUGAAUAUGACGAUGAUGACGACUUAUACGAGACCGAUGAUGAUGGGGACUCUGAGGACGAAGAGUACACCUGCCCAGAAACAUGA